AUACAAUUUUUAACUUUUCAUGUGGAGUUAAUAGCAUAAAUUGUCACUCUAUUAUCCAUUUUUCUCAAAUCUAUCCCUUUUAUUUUUCACAUCAAACAUGCCCUUGUAAUAUAUAGUAUAUACGUAUUAUCAAAUUAAAUUCAAUCCAUUUUAUGGCUUAGCUUCUCCAUCUGCAACUCUCAAUAAUUAAUAGCCACAAUCUCAUCCUCCAUCUGUCCCGCUUUCUCUUCCUUCGACCUAACAAUAAUCAAACACAAAAACUUGUCUGUCAUGAAAGAACAUUGAAGACCGACUUUUGAAUUUCAACCACUCUCUGAAAAGUCCACAAUUAUUGAUCGAUUUGACUGAAUCAUAAAAAUUGGAACCCAAAAUUUUUAGAAUAUAUGGAUUUCAAUUAUCAAAGGUUGUCAACGUGGUUUAGCCCUUUGGCCCAGUCGAUUAAGUGGGUUGAGGGUUAAUGGUCUAAUUGUUUUAGUUCGCUUUUGCCCGGAUAUAUGAAAAAAUUAUUAUAUUGUUCAUAUAUAGUUAUAAAUUAUAUAAAAUCUCAUCUACAUAUGAAUAAUAUUCUUCCUCGACCGGACUAUCUACAUUUGUUUCUCUAUCUACUAUUUUCUGCUAUCCUCCUUCGAGCUCCUAAAAUGCACUCCAACAACAUGUAUUCGUAACGCGAUGAAGGUCGCACUCCUAUGGUGGCGAUGUGUGUCAGAAGUGGAAUUAAUAAGUAACGACCAAGUUGAAAUUGAGCAUGGGGGUGUUUACGUGGGAAGACAAUAUGUGAUGGAAGGCAAGUUCUUCCAGUAGUCUCUUCGUUGACAGAAUUGACUUGACGGAUUUAUCUUACCAAUUCGCGUAGCGGGAGCUAGAAUGGGAGCGUAAGAGUGUAUACUCUUCAAGAAUUAUAAUUUGAGUGCCUCGAAAGAGCGUGAAUAUUAUAUUAUUUUAAUUAAUAUAUCAUUUAACUUACUAACAAGUUUUGGUCAAAAUAUUACAUCAAUGUCGUGGAAAAAAUAAAAUUAUUUUAGUAGAAUAAUAGCUUUAAAUAAUCUGAUUAGACCCGAAAAAGAACAAACUUCAAAAGGUUAAUAGAAACCCAAAAAAGUUUACGAUGCUCUUUUUUAAAUUUUUUUUAAAAAGGAAAAAAGAAAUGAAUGCAUCGUUUAUCCACCCCCAUGCACUCAAUUAGUUGUUAAUAAAAGAGUCUAUAUCUUUUUUCUUCCCCUUCGAUUCUUUGUUUCCUAAGCCGACUCUGAAGAUCUCCUGUAGAUGUACCAAAUUGGCAAAUUCUAUAUAAUCUGCUAUCUAACUAACCUCCUAUCAUUUUAUUCAACCCCAAGCACGUGAUUUGAUGAUCUAUUUCACAGUACUCAUUCAUGAACUCGUAGUGUAUCCUUUUCGUCUUUGCUCUCCAGAUUUCUGACGGUACCGCAUGUAAUUCUUUCUCCCACGAAGAAGCAGGUCAUCGUCUUCGAGCCAAAGCUGUUGAUUUGACUAUAACUUGUUUCAUUUUACUUUGUUUAUAGAGAGAAAAAUCUAUCAAAUAAGUGAUAUAUGAAAUAAAAUUUGCGAAUAUUGAUUUUCGAUGCUCUGAUUUUUAGUUUGAGCAACAAUUUCUGGAUUUUGGAAGUUUGUAGUUUCUGUAAAAUAAUUAUGAAGCAGAAAUAUAAUUCUUACUUUCGUUUUCGUUGUAGAAAAUUUGAAAUGAGACAACAAUUUUCUCAUUUUAGUAUUAUAUAUUGUGUGGAGUGUAUAUAAAGACAUAUCUUUUCCCUACAAAUUCAUUAGCACAUUGAAAAAAGGUGAAAUGAACCAACUUAUUAAACUCCUAAUGAUUGUUGGAUCCAAUAAUGUCAGAACAGGAAAAGGUUUAAAAUUUGACGGUUAGCCGAACUAAAAUAUUCAAAGAACCAGUCCCAUAUAGUUUACACAAAGAUAUGAAUACGAUUGUGUAAUAGUAGGUCUAAAAAUUAAUACUAAUUUAAGAAUUAUACAUCAGUUUUACAUAUUCAACACUGCAAUUUGAUAUGGAAUAUUCGAACCAAUGAUAUUUGGGCCGUGAUUUUAAAGUUAUCCUCUAUUUAUAAGAUAUAUAGGAAUUUAAUUAAGUAUUAAAAAAUAAUUAAAAUAAGGAAUUUGGCCUUUGUUAGUCACCUAAAGUUUCAACUCAAAUUCAUGUUUCUUAAUAAUUUUUGCUUCGUAUUUGUAUGAGAUGAGGUCGACUGGCUCUAUGACUGUGCAGCUGGAGAAAAAUGAAAUUUGCUAUUGGGGGAUUAUGAUAGAUUUUGAGAUGGUUGGGUCGUAUAUUGUAGGCUCUCAAAUCUAAAGUAAGAAGAAGAGACGAUGAGAUAGUCGAACAUGGUAUGUGAUGUUUCAUGUUGUAGGGUUCUGUGAUAAGUAAAAGUAUGAUAUGAGUUGGAACACCACACUUCAUGUUGGGCCGAACCCAAACUAUUAGAAGUCCAGUCCAGUUCGAUGGGUCAUCUCCCAAUCGUCGGUCUGUCUUAUGCCGGCAACCAAAACCCAAAGACUUUACAUUUUUACUCCGAGUUUUUUUUCUAUUUCCCUCCCCUUUUGUUUUUCCCGGUUGGCUGGCUGGCUCCAUGACAGUUUUGGCCUUUUGUGCAUUUUGUCCAAGUAGCACACUGCACGCCAUUUUUUUUUCCUUCUUCCAUUCAUAGUAGGAAAAGAGAAACAAACUCAUUACAAAACCAAAAAAAAAAAAAAAAAAAAAAAAAACUGCUAGAUGAACAGCAACCCUACCCUCAAAAACUCAACUGAAACUCAUCUUCCACUGACCACUCUCCCUAUAAUUAGAAACCCCAAUGCAAAGCUCCCCUUCCCCUUCUCACCAUCAAAAAGCUCCCAUCUUUCUGCACAUUUCACCCUUUUAAACACCAAAAUGGAGGAAAAUUGCAGCCCUCAUUCUUCCAUGGGCUGGGGAUCCUUCUACCAGGACGAGGUGAUGGAGGAGUUAAGACAGUAUGUUCUGUGCACAUCAGAGCUGGAGACCACACUUCUGUCAGCAAGAGAAGAGAUCGCCAAGCGAGAACUCGAAAUCCUCCGUCUCAAAGAGCUCUUGAGCAGCACCACCAAAGAGAGGAACGAUGCCCGGCUGCAAUGCGUGAGGCUAAUGCUUGAACACAAAGAGGCAGAGGAGCAAUCACCACCAUCUGUACUGCUUUCCACCGCCGCCGCGGCGGCCACUGCCCCUGUAUUUUCAAGCACGUCUACUAGUCCUAAUGAGCAAUUGGAAACCCACCACCACCGUGGCUCUGUGGUGGAGGAACUGGCGGCGGACAGGACGUUGCCGGAGAAAGGGAAGCUGCUGCAGGCUGUGAAGGAGGCAGGGCCGUUGCUGCAGACGCUUCUGCUGGCUGGUGCUCUGCCUCAGUGGCAGCAUCCACCGCCGCAGCUCGAUGCAGUCGAGAUCCCGCCCGUUACCGUUGCUUCUUCCUUGUCUUCAUCUUCCCCUGCAGCCAGAUUGAUCCACCAGGAAUCUUUCAACAGUGCGAGCAGUCCUUUGGGCGUCAAGAGGAGCAUUGAUCAGCUCUACGACUCCGACUCUGCUUCCCCUGACAAGAAGUACCACAAGAUUGAAAUUCUCCAUUGACCCAAAUCUCCGGUCAAUUGUUAGUCACAAGUGUAACAUUAGACAAAAGGAUCUGUACACUAAGUCUAGUCUAGCCUCUGAUUUUACAACCUUAUUCUCCAUUAAAGCAAAAGAUGUUGUUUUUGUUGUAUGGGAUGAUGGUGAGUAUGACCAACCAUGAAGAGCAAUCAUGGAAGAAACUUUGCCUAGUAGAGAUAUUUUGUUAUCAUGAUUUCAAAGUCUUUUUUCUUACCCUUUAUUUGGGUCAUCCAUGGAGUAACCACCUACCAUCUAUGGAGUUUUGUCUGCCAUUAGAACUGCAUCUCUUUUGUUCUUGGCCAAACCAAAAAUCUGUGAAUCUUCAGAUUGCAAAGCAUAAAAGCGAACUCGCCGUGGAAUUUCUUUUCCCUUCUUUCUUUUCUUUGUUUCGGUUUGGUUGGGUCAUAAAGUGGAUGAGGAAGAGACGGACCGGGUGGGGCGGAGGGGGUCGUUUUCAGUGGUUUGCCUUUUGGGCCACUAAAAUGGAAACAAACAAGUCAAUGAGAAAUCUAUACCCAUUUGGGAGAUUAAGAUACUAUUAUUAGCACAUUAUUGAUUUAAUUUAAUUAGAGAAUCGAUUAACUUCAUCUAAUACACCAGAUAAAAGUGCUACGGAUCAAUAACGUCACGGUCAAAAAGUCGGCAAGUCGUGUCUUUGACGGAUGGUCGGGUUGUUUAUAGCGAAUAAUAUUCUAAAAUUAUAAAUACAACAUAUUGUCCAGUCCAAUGUGAGCAUCUGGUGAAUCACAAUUGCGUGAAUGCAAGUUGGAUGUGUGUGGUUUCACUGGUUUGCAUGCUCGAUGAGAUGAGGUGAAGUUACGAAAAUUAUGCUUGUAGAACUACCUUGAGGGAUCCACAAAUCGGUUUGCGACCAAAUUAUAUCCCCUUCCAUUCAACUCUAGUUAGGGACGGUCGUUCAACCUCUUAGAUCGACGUUUUAACACCUUAAUGAAAUAGUCGUCCUUGUCCCCACAAUACUAGUUACAAAGAUCAAAUAUAGGUUGUCAAAUGCAUGAUGCAUCUACGUUUAUCUUAAAUUUAGAGUAUGGCGUGAAUGUGUUUGUUAAUAAUGAAAUUAAUAAGAAAGUGGUUUGAUUAGUGACGGUAGUUUUCACUUUCAAUGAAGGAAUGAAUAUAAAGCCAUAUCAUUAUCAACUAACUACACAAUUAUGCAGAUCACAUGCCUGUGAAUUGAUAUCUGGAAAUAAGAUUCACCGAUUCUUUGGACCCACACGCUUUGGUUUAUCAUCUUAUUCUCAUAUGCACCCAUGAUUUUUUACUGGAUAAGUAAAGCAUUAGCAACCCUCCAAUCAGGAUUCCAACUGCACUUUCUCUUCACUGUUGCGUCUCCUUUUCUUCUCUUCUUUCUUUAUCAAGUAAUAGUUUGAGACAGCUAAUGGAGAUGUAAUGUACGGUUUAAAUGUCUGUUUUUAACGCGCUUAAUUACGUAGUAGUGUCUCAGAAAUGCUAGACCAGGUUGAUCUUGAGCCAUAUUCUCUGACUCUUUGAGUGGUUGAGUGGUUUUCUUGUCAAUAAUCCGUUCUCACUCGUUAAUUCGAGUUAUUGGAAUUAGUUGAUUUUAACAUGAUAUCAUAGUUAGUUUGACCAAAUAUCGUGUGUUCGAAUCUCAAUGGCCCCAAAAGUAACCGUUGAUUUAAACACAAAAUAUGAUAAACAUGUGCAAACUUCAAUCCGGCGGGUUGACUUUCGUUUGGGGGUAUGUAAGAGAGUGAUAUAAAGUACAUAACUAACAUUUUUGUAUCAACUCCAGUUACCGUGACCAAUUGUUUUAUGACAUGGUAUUCAGAGCUGGUUUGAGCAAGUGGUUGUUUGUUAAAUAGUAGGCUAGGUUUUAGCUGAUGGCCAUCCUAUUGAAAAGUAAAAUGUGCAAUAACCACAUUUGUUAAGAAAAAACUUUGAGAAAAAUAAAGCUCUAGUCAAAUAAAAUGGUGGAACAUUG